UAAUUACAGUGCUUUGAAUAAGGAGAGCAGAAUUUUACAGAAAGACAAAAAGCGUGUUUACGGGAUGUACCAUAUUAACCCAAGUUUUUACCUGAGUAGUAGCUAUUAACAACAACCAUGGGACCGACGGAAAAAGUUGUGUGCACCCACCCAUAGAACUCCUAUAAAUGCAGACAAAUUAAGAGAAAACAUUUUAGUAUUUGAAUAAAGGUGUCGGUUGCGGUUGUGUCCCGCUGUUGAGGUGAAACCAACGAGAAAAGGUCAUAGUGCGUAUAACGAAAUUUACCUUUAAAGUGCAAAAAAUAAAUUGGUUUUACGAAAUAAAAUAUGCAAUUGACGAAAAUGUUUGCGGUAACGCGUGGCCGCCAGUGUUUGUGUAUGGCAGGGCUUGUUUUGCAAUUUUUGAUCCUUUUCAAAUGCUGCCCGAUUACCGUGACCAUAACAAUACCAAGAAGGACAGCCAAUAAUGUGAGUGACACAGUCGAGUUGAUGACAUUGCGUGCUGUUGGCCGCUCGGUCACACAGUGCUUGGCUGCAACGGAGCAGUGGCUAUGUUUAGAGGAUCAAUUGCUGAGGUUCGUCGAUGCCGUCGCACAGGACAACAGCACAUGGCAAUGGGGGGAUUACAUUUUCGUCGAGAAGUUGACAGGCAAUAAGAGUGAAGGACGCACAGAAGAACAGCUUAAUUUUUCAAAAACUCAGGCACCUCGACAACGCUCACUCAAAACAGAAGGUGACAGCCAGCAUAACGAGAGUGGUAUUGCAGCGGGUUUGUUGCAACUAGCUAAAACGCGUUCAAUUCGCUUACAGUUACCAACCUCCGUUGGAACCCUGAGUAAAAUUAGCGCUGGAAUCUCGGAUGCAAUCGAUGGGCUGGCGUUGCAGAAUAUUGCGCCGGCUGAAACGUCGCCCGAAACGGAGGCGGCGCAAGCGGAUGAAGGACGCAAAAAGAAGGGCAAAGACAAAAAUAUGGCAAUGAUGGGUGGAAUGGCGAUGAUGGCUAUGGUCGCGCAAAUGUUCCUCGGCAAAGUGAUCCUGAUCGCGGGCGCCGCCUUCGUUAUGGCGAAAAUAGCACUGCUCGUUUCCGUACUCGGCAGUCUCAAAAAGGGAUCAACUGGAAAUAGCGUCAGCACGGAGCGUAUUGUUGUAACCGGCCACGGACAUGGCGGCGGAGGUGGUCAUAGCGGAUAUGAGCACGAUGAAGGAUGGCAUCGUCGCAUGCCACAUAUUUAUCCUGUGACAGGAAUAAUCAGCGAAGAGCUACAGCCUGUCAAAGCUUAUCAUCAUUCGCCAACGCCACCUCCUCCAUCGAAAGCUUCCGCUAGUCAUCAAAAUCACCGCUAUUACGUCAAUGAAAUCAACGAAGCAGCUAAUGAAGACAUAGAUGAUGGAUAUAGACGUAAACAGGGUCAAGCUGGAUUUCUUUAGAGUUAAUUGAGAUUAUUAAGUGAAAAUGUUCAUUAUGACAAACAUAUUGAUAUAAGUGCGUAGCAAAGUAGAAAAUGAAAAAUCUUGAAAAAUGGGAA